AUGAGCAAAAAAGAUUCGGACAAUGUGUGCUUCUGGCUGCCGAACCAAACGGCCGGCAAGAUGGAUGUAUUGACGCCUCACAAAAUGAUCGUCGUGUUUCUUAUCCAGGAGUAUCUGCGCCUCAAGAAAACGGUCGCCGAUGGUGUUACGCGUGAGCAACCGCACCAAAUCGAAGUGACAGCCGGCGAUCGGAAGCGGUUCUGUUUGCUGCUGCUAAAGCUGAUCCAGUACCCCGAUCUACCGUACAAGGAUCUGUACGGUUUGUUGCUGUCGCCGGUGUACGGUGUACAUCCGGUACAUUUGGAAGAGUUUAAGAAGCUGAUGAAGCUGCUGAAAACGGUCGGCAUUGAUGGAAUGUUCGAUCUGUACCAUGAAAUCGACAAGCUGAUCGUGGACAAUACGGCCAGCUUCCAAAUCGGUAUCGUUGGGCUAUAUCUGCGCAAAGUGUUCGUCACGAUGGACCGGAUGAGCUUUCACGAGAUGAAGGAUCUGUACCUCGCUACCGUCGCCUACUACGAUAAGGGAAUGCACGCAAUCCGGCUCGAUCCAUGCCCGGACGCAAGUUACGAUUGUGAAAGUUUGAAACAAACGCAAAACCAAUACACCCCUAUCGAACCAUCGGACCAUGGGCAGCUAUCGGCCAAAUGGUCCGUCAAACAGUCGGAACUGUUCAUUGCGCAACAAAGCGCCCUGCUGAAGGAGAACGAAGCGAAAGCACUACCAUCGAAAGAGCUACAGAAGCGGCUGAACGAAAUUAUUCGCGAUCGACCGCACUGUUCGCAGGCGUACUUUCUCACCUACAUGAACCAUAUGCGGGUGCGUGAAUUUUUCGGUUCCGUUGACGCACUGCAUCGUGUGUUCGAUCGGAAUCCAUCGGCCGGUGCGCCACCAUCUGCUUCGACGGUUACGGCGGAAGGCAAAGAGUAUCAGUACCCGAGUCUGAAUCUUGCCAUACUGCACGCUGAGUUUGGCCACACAAUGUUGGCCCGCACUUGCUUGCGGGAAUGCAUAAUGCUUGCGCAGGAAAAUGGUGAUACAAUUUGCCUACAGCUAGCGCACGCCUGGCUGUCCCAUCUGGAAGGGAACACAAUGCCACUGCCGGAUAAAAACACGAGGGAAAGUUUGUUUCACGCGACGGCACUGCGUAUCCUUUCAUAUCUGCGGCAGGGGUCUUUUACUGGCGAAUCACCCUCGAAACUAUUCGGACUGCUAAUGAUAAACGAUCUUCUCAACUCUCAACGAUCGAUGAUGGACCUUGUGGCGGCAGGGAUUGCCGAACGGACCGCACUCUGGACCGUGUACGGCAAGCACGAGCAGGCCUCCUUAUGUGCUCAGCUCUUGCUAAACGUCGAUCUGAAAUCGCUCGGUAAAACGUACAACGGGAACGGCAUCUGUCAGGUGCUUUGUUCGCUGGUCGUACGCUUGGCCCAUUUGGGUGAGUUUGGACACGCGCUCGUCGUUCUAGAGCACACAAAGCAACGCUUGCGGCGCUAUCCACAGCCGCGCGAAGUGAAUGUGGCAAAUCACUACUGUAACGCGCUGAGGGCCAUCUACCGUGGCCGUUGGGAGGAAGCAAAGGCCGAAAGCAUGUACCUACAUUCGUACGAUUCUACACUGGGAAAGCUUCUGUUAGCUUACAUCGCACUGGCAAAGCAAGACUUUAUUACGGCAGAGCACACUCUCGCCCGAUUAACGAACGAAGAGUUGGAACCGCUUACGCGCAUCCGUGCGAUGAUUCUUUCCGCAAACGUGUACCUCCACUAUGGGGAUAUGAACGCAAUCAACGAGCUAAAAAACGCUCUACUGUACGCCCAAAAGUAUCACCUUCAGUACGAGGAAGCUUUGGUAAAUAUGCACAUUGCGUACGUACUGCUGGUGCAUUUGGAUGCCCCAAAACAAGCGUUCCUAUCGCUCAAAGACGGUCUAGAAACCAUACUGGCAAAUGGCCCGAUUUACGAUCGUGCACGGGCACUGUUUCUGUUCGCCCGGAUACUGGUCGAGAUGGAGCAACAUUCGCCGGUUGGCAAGCGGCUGCAGCAACUCGGUACGCUUUUACCCACGUUUGAGGAAGCGAUCGAAAUGUUUGAAAAGCUAGAAUGCUACAAGGCGAAGGAUGUGUACGUGUAUCUGGCAACGGCGUACAACGAGCUAGGUUCGUACGAGGAUCGCAACCGUUACUCAUACCGGUAUCGGUUGCUGGAGGAACAGUAUCCAACCGAGCGUCAAUAUUUGAAUGUGUUUCUUUAA